AUGUCGGCGCCAGCUAUGGACCGAAGCGAGUCGGCACCAGUGUGUGCCGCCGCUUCGUCCUCCGCGACGCCCCUCCAGCCCCGCAGGGCCGUGAUGCUCAAAGGCCCCUCGCUCACUUCCAAAACCUUCUUUGUGCCUCUGCCCGAUACCCUGGAUCAACUCGUAGCAAAGGCCGUCCAGCUCUUCCCCAUCCCACCGGGCAAGGUACCCCACAUCACCCUCGGAGCAGAUGAGAGGGCCAUCAUCCUCGACGAGUCGUACGAGUUCAUCCGCGACCGCGAGCUCCUCAACUUCCGCUGGUCUGCAGAGACGCCGCGUCGCAACCUCGCCAACCGUGUUCGAUGGAACCAGCCUUCUUCCGCUACCGCACCGCUCAAUCUCACAGCAUCACCGCAGAGCACUGCUACAACCUCUGAAGAGAUUCCCGUGACAGCAGCGGUAGCCAAGGCCUCGGACUCCCUCAAGGCGCAGACGCAGGGUUCCCCUACGUCACAGAGCGACAUUGCUUCCAAGACGCGUGCCAACACCAUCGCCAACCGCGAUCCAAACACUCAGCUGAGCGAAGGCGCCGCUGCUAGGAAGGCACACGCAAAGCGAGUCCUGGCGGAACAGCAGCGCAAGCAGGAGGAGGAACACGAGGCAGAUGCUCUCGGAGCUGCGCCUAUCGUUCCGGAUCUCGAUCAAGAGGCAGCUCUCGAAGCUGACCCGGAGGCGGCUGCACAGGCUGUCCUCGAGUUGGCGGCCACGUCGGUAGCGCCAGACGCUGUCGAAGAGGCCAUCGUUACCGCACCGACUGGGGAGGAUGCAGCAGCAGUAACGCAAGACAUGGACAUCACCCUGGAGCAAGGCACUGGAGAGGAGAUGCCGGAUGUCGCCGCUCCCGAGAUCACCCUCGCCCCGGUGCCAGCAACCAUCACCAUCAACUCGCCCCCACGCAAGAAGCACGUCGACAACGGCGGCCUCGAUACCCCUCCUUCCAGUGGCAGUCGCUCUAACUCUCCCUUCCACAGCUCCGAUCUGUCCCUUGGCAGCAACCACGCCCUUGACCAUCGCAUGCGCGUCGAGGCGGACGAUGAGCCUUCCAGCUCGCCCAUGUCCUCCCCAACGCGCGAUGUCUCUUCGCGCUACAGAAAUGCUUUGCCUGCCAUGCCUCUGCGCGAGCUUGGCAAAAUGGCCGCAGUGAACUCCAUGGCAUCCGAGCAACAGGCCGACGCUUCGGCUCCAGUAGUCGACAACGGAGUUGCUUCUGAGCCGAUCAACAGUUCGUUCAGCGAGCCGAUCGACGACGCGACGCCAGCAGAGGAAGAAAUCGCAGUCAACUCCUCAGAGCCAGCACCAACCUCGCAAGACCUUCCCAGCAGCACCACCACCGCGAUCACCAAACCCUCUACCCCAGCUACCGACCUCGAACUCAACCGAAUCUACAGCUUCCUCUCGAACCUCGUCGCGCAGCUCCUCUCGCACAAGUCCAACUUUGCCUUCCAACGACCCGCCAGCGUCGAAUUCGAGCAGUUCUCCACACGCACCUCUCGCGUCGUCGACCUGUUCACCAUUCGGGACAGUCUCGCCACCCGUCGCUACGGUAGUGCGCACCUCGAAGGUCGCAUCGCGGCCAACGCCGUCGUCACCGACUUCGAAGACGAUCUCAAUCUCCUCUAUACCAACGCGCGGCGGUUCUACGGUAUCCGUUCCACGCAAGCCGAGUGCGUCGAGCAUCUGGAAAAGUUCAGCCGCAGUUUCUUGAACGAGUGGAAGCGGAUGAAGAGUCCCGGAUCGAGGGUGGAGAAGCAACCUUUCCUAUCCUCGUCGCCGUUCGCGUCCUUUGGAUCGGGGAAGAAGACGAUGGGAAACAUUUCGAACACGGUCGGGUUGAUGAGGCGGGCGGACUUUGGGUUCAAGCGCAAUGCGUCGUAUGAAGCCACCCUCACGGCUGGGAAGCGACCAGCACCGCCGACGCGGACGACGAGCGAGGCGUUCGAGCGCGCACUGAGAGCGGCAACGUCGACCCCGCAGAGCGAGCGCGUCAAGCCUCGACAGGAAGUCGUCGCCCCCUUCGCCACCCGCUCAGUCAUCGAGACCGCCUUCAUGGCUCGUCCGGCUCCGUCGCCACAGGUCGAGAUCUCGCCAAGUCCCGCCGUACGAACGCCUUCUGCAGUUGGAGGCAAGAGGAAGCGCAUCGAUCUCGCCCAAGAGUCCGAUUCGCGAUCGUCAACCGUGUCCCCACCACCCUCGCCCUCGCCCACCAAGCGACCCGUGGUGCAGCUCAAACCGUCCAAGUCGGCCAACCGACGGAUGAACAAGAAGAAGCGCGCCGCUGCUGCUGCUGCUGCCGCAGCCGCAGCCGCCGUUGCCGCCGCAGCUGAGGUCACUGUCGAGGUGCCUCAGACUAAGCGCGUCCGAAGCAGGCGAUCGCACGGCGACGCAGUGGAGGAGAAGCAGGUGGCGGAGCUGGUCGAGAUGCCGGUGGAGCCGCCGGCGAAGCGAACGCGUGCGGCGAGGAGCGCUUCUCUCACGGUCAGCGUGGACAUCGGAGGCUCGCCGAGAACGUUGCGCUCCAGCAGGGUGGAGGAUUGUCAGGAGAGCAGCACGCCAACGAGGAGUCUGAAGAAGGGCAAGUCGGCGUCGAAGGUCGGCGCGGAGCUCAGCAGCCCGGUGCAGACGGCGGAGGUGACCAUGGAGGAGGACGGAUUUGAGGUCACGGGUAGCAGAAGACGCUCUUCUCGCCAGAGAAAGCCUGUCAACCUCGACUAG